UUCCAAAAUGUAUUCCUGAAGGUGGUGGUUACGCCAACUGAAACUCAAACUUCCGUCACGGCAGCUUCAUCUUCUGAAUCACCGCCACGCUUGACCCCCCAAUGCAACUGGAUUGAGAAAUAAUUCAACAAAAAUGCGACAAAUGUUUUUUAAGGUAUUUCCCACAAGUAGCACCUCAGCUGCAAAGAUGCAUUGAAGCGGCCUGUAGGAUGUUGCAGACAGGUCGAUUAUUUUAAAUCUGUCAGGAUGCCUUCGUUGUCAGGAGUAGCAUGGACUGUUUUCUGCGCACUACUGCUCUGGAGGAAACAGACAGCUUCUGGUAAAGAGAGAGAAUGUUCUGUGGCUCAAGUGGGAGCGCUUCACCCUGUUGAGGCUCUGCUGGAGAAGUUUGAGGCUGGCCCGGGCUGUGCUGCCAGGGAAAGUGGGGACAAGGAGACUCAUGUUAUUGCGGUGGGGAGAGUAACCAGCAGCCCUGAUAAUAUGGUUACAGUGUUAUUGAAGCCCUUGUCUCUGAGUUUGAACAAAUCAACCAUGAGAAAAGUUCACUUAUUACUCAGCUCCCAGCAACCAAUCAGCUGGAGGUUAGAAGCUGAGAGACUGCCCCCUGACCUCCCUGUACUAGUCAAGGUGUCCUCAAACUCCAGUGUUCAGUCCCAGACGCUACGUUUGCUAGUGCGGCGGCUAAACUGGCUCCCUUACCGCCCACGUGCGCUGUACCGCUGGGCUCUGAAACACCACGGCAACUUGUCCUCUCUGACACACGUUCCCCAUGGGAACCGAGUCUAUGUCCGACUUGGAGAGGAUCUGAGUCAACCUCCUGUGUGCCAGCUUAAGUCCAUGUUCCUCUCGAACAACUACUUGACCUCUGACCUGCAACCGCAGGAAGUACAAGGAUGCGGCCAUUCAGCAGCAAGUCCAAACAAUCCCGAGGUUCAUGUCAUCAAACUCCAUUCGGCAGGUUCGGGACUCUGCGGCUCGCUGCAGGUGGAGGUGAUUGUCUCGCUAGUACCGCCGCCGGAGAAUUCUUCCAGGCAAACGGUGGUGCUGAUUCUUAGCAGUUCGGUGCCAGUCAACUGGGCCAUUGUUGCUCAUGACGUUCAAGGUCAUAUUCUUAUUCAUUCCUCUAACAGUGUUUCCCCCCCCUUCCCUCCUGAGCCGGACCUCGCACUGACUACCUCACUCAUCCCCGACCUGUCCACCAUACCGGACCUGCUUGUGUGGGCCAAUGAGAGCGGCUAUAACAAUGUGACUUCAUACACUGAGGCCAACCUGGGGAAUCGCUUUGUGAUCCAGCUGGCCGGGACUAAGCCAGAUGUGGUUCUACCAAUAAAGACCAUUGCCAAGAGGCCUACGUGGGCAGUGGAGAGCGGAAUGACAGAGUGGCUCAAUACUGGAGGUAGAGCAGAAGGAGGCCCAGACAGUUUCACAGUGCGGUGUGAAGAUGGACGCCUCAGUGUGGCAGUGGACCAACACAACCUACAGAGUUUGUCGAUGCCGGUUUCUGCUGUAACGUUGCGGGAUCCAACAUGCCAGGCUCAGUCCAAUGGGAGUCAUUUCCUGUUAGUGUUCCCAGUCAUUUCCUGUGGAACAGAGGGACAGCUCCUGGGAAAUAGUGAAGGGGUGCAGUACAAAAACAUGGUGCUUUUAUGGAAAGACCAGCCUCAUACCGUGUUGUCACAUAAUGAGACUGAUUGGGUAUCCAGAAAUUCACUUGGAAUACAUUUCAGCUGUUUGGACAAUGUGGCCAGCAUGCCUCAACUAGGUCAUGGUGAUGAUGUCAAUACUUCCAAAGCACCUUGGGGUGCCUUGCCUGAUCCUGGACAGUUCCAUUUUGACACACCUAAACUCAAAUCCGGGCCUUUGCUUCGUCUGAAGCUUUUCGUCACCGAGAGCUACAAGCAGCGACGCAUCGGACCUUGCGUCAUCACUCCUGACCAGCGCAUUUAUGUCGAGAUUUCUGCCAAGGGGCCCUUCAUAGACGUUGCUGAGGUGAAGUCAUGUGUUGUUUCUCCUUUCUCAGACCCCAAAAGUUCUCCGUUCUGGACUGUCAUAAGCAACAACUGUCCCGCAGACCCCUCACUUACCUUCCAGCAUGCAAAAGUUGAGGAGACAGAAGAUGAUGAUGAGCAGGAAGAAGAGUUGGAAGACAGACUUGAAGCUCAAAAAGGAUCCAAGGAGCUCAAUGAUGAAGAUCAAACUGUCUCCUUUCACUCCAAGCCCAAAGCAAAGAAAACAGUUAUAAGGCCAUUACGAUUUAGUUUUGUCCUACGGCCGCUUUACAACGUCUCCAUGCAGUUUCUCCACUGCAGCCUUCACCUUUGCGUCUCGGACAAGACGACAACAAGGCGACCCACGAAGAAAAGAGUAACGAAAAAAUGUCCGGAUGGAAAACGUAUCCCUCCACUCGUAUCCAGGACACUUGGACAACAGUGUGAGAUUAGAAACCUUUCCCGGUCCAUGGUGGUCACCCAUCCUGUUAACUCACUGGCACAUAAAGAACUGAAGCUCACCACAGUCCUGCGAACCAAAAGACUGAGUGCCUCACCGCAACAAAGACAUCCAACUGGGUAAAUGACUAAAUGGGAGCCUCCAGAUUGCGUCAGAACUUCGACAUCAACGGUUACAGAAAAUGUGUCACUACCGUUGAGCACCUGCAAAACAAGACCGUUUUGUCUCCUUCCUCCAACAGUCUGAAGGGAUGGAGUUUAGACAAACUACUUCUGUGUGUGCCCCGACAAUCAUUGUUGCAAGGUCGACCCAUGACUACAAUCCCUCCUGUUCAUUACGGCAUUGUGUAAAUCCAGAUUAGUUGUUUUGUUUUUUUUACAGCCGCUGGCUAUUUAAAACUGGAAGAGGUGUAAACAUGCAGAUUUAUGUAUUUAAAUCUUCAGAAAAUAAGUUAAAUUAGAAUUUGAAGUGGCCUACUCCACCAGUUGUUAAUAUCUGUGUUUAUAGUGGAGAAUCUGUUAAUAUUGCUUGUUGCAGUCUUUUGUUGAUGUGGUGCAUAACUAAUAUAUUAAAUAAAACAGUUUCCCCUUUCACCAAA